GCGGCAAAGACAGAUAUGAGUUGUGUUCUUGCCCUCGGAGUAACAAGCCCGUGUUUAAAGCGCCGUGAUCGCGGAAUCAGUUCCUCUCCGCUCACUGCAGUCAGACAACGGAUCAUCAGUUUGAUACACCAGUCAAAAGAAAACGUGUCUGGAGCGCAAAUCUUCUUGGUACAGUAGCGUUAAACUACUUUGGAAACUUCCUACUUUUCUUCUUUGAUAGAAUCAGGGCUUCCGGUGUUAAAACAUUACGGAUCUUUUACGGAGCUUUUUUCUAAGUUGAGUUUUUUAAGUUUACAUUAGAGCUGGAAAGUCCGACUGAGUGUUUUGCUCUAGCCGGGACGGCAGCCAGUGCCCUCUCUGACUCUGCUUUGUGCUCGUAGCCAUAAAAACAAACUUUGUGCAUUGCAAUCCGUAUGUCCACCAAAAUGGAGCAGCCUUUUUAUGAUGACUCGUUUCUCUCUGCUUAUGGUCACUCAGAAGCCGCCCUGCACGACUUCAAGUUCCUCAAGCAGAACAUGAACGUGACCUUCGCCGAGCCAUACCGGAGCUACAAGACACACCUGCGCGCGUCCACCACCGACUCGGACUUCUUCAAUCCGGCCAACUCGGACGCGGCGGCGGCGUCACUCAAACUCGCCUCACCUGAGCUCGAGCGGCUGAUCAACGGCAACGGUGUCAUCACCACCACGCCUACACCUGGCCAGUAUCUGCCCGGGUACCACCACAGCAGCGUCAGCCGGGGAAUCGCCACCGAGGACCAGGAGGGCUUCGUGGACGGCUUCGUCAAAGCUCUGGACGAGAUGCACAAGCUGAACCAGAUGGCGCCUCCUCCGAACGUGUCGAUCGGCGCCGGCGGAAUGUCGACCUGCUCGGUGGCAUCCUCGGUCUUCGCCGCGUCGCUGGCCUCGGACAACCCCAUCUACACCACGCUCAACUCCUGCGGGCCCAACACUAAUCUCACGCCAGCAGCCACGCACGCCAGCUACCCCACGACCACCAUCAGCUACCUGCCGCACCACCCGCACUACCCUCCUCAACAGACCUCCGCACACAUCCCCUUUCACCACCAGCACGCGCUGUCCAGCUCCGCGCUGCACCCGCAGCGGCUCGUGUCGCUCAAGGAGGAGCCACAGACGGUGCCGGACCUCCAGAGCAGCGACGGCGGCUCGCCUCCGAUGUCCCCCAUUGACAUGGAGGAUCAGGAGCGCGUCAAGGCCGAGCGCAAGAGGCUCCGGAACCGUCUGGCGGCCACCAAGUGUCGCAAGCGCAAGCUGGAGCGCAUCGCGCGCCUGGAGGACAAAGUGAAAGUGCUCAAGACGGACAACGCCGGCCUGUCCAGCGCGGCCACGCUCUUGCGCGAGCAGGUCGCGCAGCUCAAACGCAAGGUGAUGACCCACGUCAACAGCGGAUGUCAAUUGGCACUAACGCCAAAAAUCAAAUCGUACUGAAGGGGGGCAAACACUGGAUGUGUUAAAAAGACUUUAUCUACAACUGUUUUACAAAGCCACGAGCUUGACGGCACUGAAUUCAUGCACAUUCCACGUCUGAAGUUGUGUUUGUAGGCUCCACAUGUUGAAUAUGUCGUUAGUUUGUGUGUGUGUUUGUUUAACAAAUGACUGUGUCAGAUCAACGGUACCUCUGAAGCCCAAAGGCAAGGAAACACUCGGACGCUUGCGUUCAGCUUAAUGUUUUGUUUCAGUUUAUUUGUUUGGUCAAUAUUUUUUUACAUUCAGUCCUUAUUUGAAUUGUAUAUGUAUUAUGUAGCCUAUCACUCGGACAAUUUAUUUUGUGAAUGUCAAGAAUAAGUUAUUGUGUUUAUUGUCAGGUUGAUCCCGACCCAAGUUUAUGAACAAAAUGCUUUUUUAUUUGUAUUUAAGUAAAACAACUGGACAUUUAAA